GCGCUGUAUUGAGCCCCAUACAAAGCGUUGCACCAUCAUUGGAUAAGCUAAUAACCUUUAGGCGUCCUCACGACGCGCCGCUCCCCCACCAUUCAAAUGCAAACGAGCGGGUAUAUAUAGAGAGUUUGCCAACGGCAGGGUUACAGUGAAUAGAAAAAGGAGAUUGUACGUGUACCAGCUGCCAGCAAAACGUGCUUUGGUGGGAGGACUCUUUUUUUGGAUUUUUUUUUUAAGAAGAAAUAUUUGGUAAGGUUGCUGGAAUCCUUAACAAUAUGGCUCCAGCCUGCAAACCGGGGUCUGUCAGGGAUGAAGGAGACUUUUAUGCAGUCAAAGAAGAUCGCAAGACUCGCAAGCCAUUGAUCGAGAAGAAGAGGCGAGCCCGCAUUAACGAAAGCUUACAAGAGCUGAGACUAAUAUUGGCGGAUACGGAACUGCAGUCGAAAAUGGAGAAUGCAGAGGUGCUGGAGAUGACGGUGAAACGCGUCCAAAACAUACUUUGCAACAGAAAUGUUGAACAGGAUAGGUUUAACGAGGAAGCGAAUGAGAGGUUUGCAGCCGGCUACAUCCAGUGCAUGCACGAGGUCCACACUUUCGUUUCAAACUGUCCGGGGAUCGAUUCUGCCGUCGCCGCCGAUUUACUGAACCACCUCCUGGAGUCCAUGCCACUGAGCGAAGACCACUUUCAGGAUUUACUGGGCGAGUUGAUUGCUGAGAGUAGCUCUAGUAUAUGGUCUGGGCCUGACGAUAUGUGCCUGCUAUUGGCGUCCCCCGGAGGUAGAGAACAGCUCUGCUCCCCGGCACUGUCUCCUGUAUCCUCUGCCUCCAGCGACGAUGCCUGCUCCGAUUUGGACGACGCGGAGCCGUCCUCUGCUGCGCCCGCACCAUUGCUGCAAGAUAAAGUGGCAGACAGCUGUAGGACAGAGAACAACUCCCCUGCAAUGUACUCCAAGUCAGUCUGGAGGCCGUGGUAAUCGAACGGAGCAGGGCCGAAGAGAAGUAACAAAGCUGCCUUGUUUGGGAGCGGGCAUUGGCUUUCCCCUGAGGAGCCAGUUGCAUGUCAUCACUGCCUACUAUGAACAAUAUCGAUCCUAUAGCAAAUGCAGUAAUAUGAUUUUUUAUUUUUUUUUGAAUGGAGAGAUAUGCUUAAAGAAACGGAACAAAAAAAAUAGCACUGGGAGUAAUACAAUACAAUUGGGCAAUACCCUAUGUGAAAGCUUAGCUGUGUUAGAUACCAUCACGAAUUUCUAAUUGAGGCCCUGGGUAAAGAGGUAUUCGAAUUUCUUAGUAACAGUAAAAAGAGUGAAACAAAGCGCUUCUACAAAGCACAACAUGUAACCUUUUUUUUAAACUUUGUUGAGGGGAAAUAAAAUCGUGCACACAUGAUUUAACAUGUAAACACUCUAAUUCUACUUGUUAAAAAUGUUAUAAUCCCUUAAAGGGAUUGUUUUGGAGUUAGUUUAUACUGGUAACAGGGUCCACAGUAUCUACCUUCAGUGAAGGAAGACUGAACUAGAAUUGUGCAAAAAAAAAUAAGGUUAGAUGUAUAUGUACUUAUUGAGCCUAGGAGAAUAUCUUUUGAAAACUUGUGUACUGAUUCCCCCCAUGCUUCUGUCACAGUUACAUUUGAAAUGUCCUGCCAGCACAUCAAUGUGUUUUGUUUUCAAGUGUGUGUAUAUUUGUCAGUGAUGUAAGUUUGACUUUUGAGUUUUUGUCAUUUAAAAAAAUAAACUUUUACCACUUUUAAAUGGCUGUCUACUAAAUUACACAUGUUGCCACCUCCCUGCACCAUUAAUGGUAACUUUACAAUUUAUGUUAAUAAUGCACCUUUUUAAACAUGAAAUGGUACUACAUAAUUUGUAUUGCUGCUAAGAGCACCUUUUUAAACUUUUUUAAAUGUCCCAAGAUGUUUCAUUGGAGCAGUAAUAAACAAUAUUUAACACCGGCCUUUUGAAGGAAAUAUUAAGGCAAAUGACCAAAACUCUUGGUCAGAGACAUAAAUUUGAAUGAACAUGUAAAGAAUAUGGCAAAGUUAGGGAGGGGAUUCCAGAGGGUUUUAGAUGACCACAUUAUUGGGAGCUAUGUUGUUCACACUGUAUAUUAUACAAAAUCUGCCUUGGGAGGAUAGAAUUACAUCCCUCUUGGUUCUCAUGCCAAUUGUUCCACCACAACUAUUGUAUGAUGUCUUGGUGCAUGUGUUCAUGGUGGACUUAGCCCUCUAUAUAUGGUUUAACAGAAAACAAAACUUUCAAAAUCUUCUGGAUAUAAUAAUAUGAAUAAAAGUAAUACAAGAUUUGAAUAUGGUGGGUAACCAAAUUACUAAUUUCCAACUGUGUGAGAAGGAACUGCAGAUGCUGGUUUACAUUGAAGAUAGACACAAAAUGUUGGAGUAAUUCAAUGGGUCAAGCAGCAUCUCUGGAGAAAAGGAAUAGCUGAUGUUUUGGGUUGUCAGUCUUCAUCAGACUACUGUGUAUUCUAAGUAUUCCUUUUCUCCAGAGAUGCUGCCUGGCCCACCGAGUUACUCCAGCAUCUUGUGUCUGUCUACUAGGUUGUAAGAUCAGCUAUAGCAUAUCCCCAAUCAUUCCUCCAGGAACAAGUUGAUGCUUAUUCAAAUAAAGCCUUGAGUCACAAAUGGGAAAUAAUUAAAGUAUAAUGUCAUUCAUGUCAAUAAGUUGCAAAAAUCUGUUGUUUGAAUCAGCUGUGAUUUAUGUCACAUUAUUUGGAAGAAAGGACACUGUAAAUGAGUGUGUGAGUGUACACUAUUCUGAGGUGCAAUAAAAUUGUGACUUUUGUCUCGAUUCAAAGAUUUGGUUGUGAAUUGGCACAAAAGAUUUGUCAACAGUAAUGUCAGUCUGAUUCACAGUGGACAAUAACAACUGUAUUCUGCAAAACCAACCAAUGAUUAUUUGAUGUUAGUUUGAAACAGUAAGACUUUGAAAGCUAGGCUAUAUUUCAAAGGUUUUGGGAAGUUUGUUUUGACUAAAUUUAAAGAGUAAAGCACUUCGGGAGACCAAAGGCUGUGGUUGGCAUUAUAUGAAUGCAAGUCGAUUUACCUGGAUUACUGAUGCAAUUUGUAUAAAUGUUUUGUAUGUUUGAAUAUUCAGUGAAAAUAAAGAGUCAUACCUGA